AUGCCACCCAGCGAUGACCGCGGCGGCCUUCCACGCCGAGUCGACAGUUUCAUAGCAUCCAAGAUGCCUUUCUUCACCCAGCUCGACGAUGAGCUGCGUGACGUCAAGCGCGUCCACUCUCAGGGCCAGGAAGAGGACCUCAGGAUGGCCCUCGGCCGGAUGAUCAGCAGGGUGGAGGAGCUCACAUCCAUGCUGAAGGAAGCAUUCAAGGCGCAGACCGAUCUACAGACCGAGCUCACCCUCGCAAAGUCAAACCUGCAGCUCGCGCUCGCAAACAACGAGAUGCUGGAGGAUGCCUUGAAGCGUGAGGGCGGAGGCCAUCUAAAGGACAUUGGCUGGCGGCGCUGGAGCGCGAAGGAGCAGAAGGAGCGACUUGCAGAGGAGGAACGCAGGCGAAGUGUGGAGAGCUCUGGCUCGUGCGACACAGCUCAGAACUCUCCCGUCCUGCAGCCUCCUUCAAGGCCUGCCUCUCCACUACCAAGUGCAGCGCGUGCCAUCUCUCCUGCGCCCUCGUCAGAAGGGAGGUUCUUCCGGUUCCGCUUCGGCAGCGGCGGUAGCGCGACCUCCAGCCAGUUCCCCUCUUCCCCUCGUGUCCCCAUCGCGAGUGGCAACCAGUCGCCGCUGGUGAACGGUCAUGCACAGUCUGCAUCAUCGCAUCUUACGUCUGCGUCGUUGCCUUCCUUGGUCCCAGCACGAGAUUGGGAGAAGGAGGUCGAGCAGCUGAACGCCGAUUUGAAGCAUGAACGCGAGUCUCGCAAGGCAGUCGUCGCUCAGAAAGAAGCUCUAGAGGCUGAGCUCGAGUCUCUAUCACAAGCACUGUUUGAGGAGGCCAACAACAUGGUCUCGGUAGAGAGGCGAAAGCUCGCCGAAACAGAAGACGAGCUGAAAGAACUGCACGCCGAGCGCGAGGCACUGCGGAACGCACUGCGCCUGCUAGAACGCCAAACGCGUGUCCCAGAAACCGUACACAGCAUGGACGAAGCCGUCCUCGGACACGCGCACGCCGGAUCUAUCUCCUCCUCACGAGCGGUCAAGUCUCUGCCGUCCUCGCGAGCGGCCACACCGGACUCGGCGAGACGCGUCGACGAGGACCCCACGUCUGCUGGCACGGUCGUCCCGCACCGUCCACCACCUCUGCCUAUUUUGGACCCAGAUUCGCCGCUUGUCUCGCCGUCGCCGUCGCCUGUCGACACCAUUCAACAUACCGAUGAGCCUGACGAACACAAAGAAGCUCAGCCAGCGGAAGAAUCUUCAGCAUCGUCAGUCGAACCAUCACCGUCCCCGUCCCCGUCUGUUGAGUCGCCAGAGGUUGGCGAUUACGUCUACCCUCUGAUGCGUACGGCAGAUUACUUGCCUGGUGAGCCAUCACCGUGGGCAGACGCGAAAUCCGUUGCCGUAGCCUCAACAAACCCUGCAUGA